UGUUGUCCUGCUCACCAAGCGAGUACACUCACCUUGCGCUGCCAACGACCACCACAACAACAGCCGUCAGCGAGCAGCAGACGAGCCAGCCAUGGGUGACUUUGUGGAGAAGAAGCAGGCCCCGCGCCGUAUCGGCGCCAUGAAGCGCCGCAAGGUGCACGAGGUGAAUGGCCACAAGUUCUGCGCCCGCUUCUUCCGCCAGCCAACCUUCUGCGCCCACUGCAAGGAGUUCAUGUGGGGCCUGGGAAAGCAAGGCUACGAGUGCCUGAACUGCAAGCUGACUCUCCACAAGCGCUGCCAUGAGAAGGUGCUCGCUGCGUGCCCCGGCGCUGAUCACAUGCAGGAGAGCAUGCGCCAGAACAAGGAGCAAUUGCAGCAGCGCUUCAACCUCAACAUUCCGCACCGGUUCAAGCCCAAGACGUACAAGUCUCCAACCUUCUGCGACCACUGCGGCUCGCUGCUGUGGGGGCUCUACCACCAAGGCCUCCAGUGCGGAUCGUGCAAGACGAACGUGCACCGCCGGUGUGCUGAGCACUGUCCAAACCUGUGCGGCCUUGACCAGAGCAAGUUUGCCUCGGAGCUCGCGAAGCUUGGCCUCACCGCCGAGCAGCUCAGCGGCAGGCGCAAGCCCACCGAGGGCAAAGACACCGAAGCGCGCACGUCUGCGCCAACAUCUGAACUCAAGAGCAGCAACGCCGUCGGCCCAGAUGACUUUGAGUUCCUCAAGGUGCUUGGCAAGGGCAGCUUCGGCAAGGUCAUGCUUGCACGCGGAAAGAAGAGCAAGGGUAUCUUUGCAGUCAAGCUGCUGAAGAAGGACGUGCUGGUUGAAGAUGAUGAUGUGGAGUGCGCCAUUGCAGAGAAGCGUGUUCUCUCCCUCUCCCACCAGCACCCGUUCCUCACCUGCAUGCAUUGCUGCUUCCAAACAGCGAGCAACUUGUUCUACGUCAUGGAGUUUGUCAGUGGCGGUGAUCUCCUCUUCCACAUUCAACAGUGCCGUCGCUUUCCUGAGGCGCGCGGGCGCUUCUACGCUGCGGAGAUUGUCUGCGCACUCCUCUUCCUGCACAAGCGCAACAUCGUGUACAGGGACUUGAAGCUCGACAAUGUCAUGCUUGAUGCAGACGGCCACGUUAAGGUGGCCGAUUUCGGCAUGUGCAAGGAGAACAUUGUCGGAGACAAGCUUGCCACCACCUUCUGCGGCACCCCCGACUACAUUGCGCCUGAGAUUAUCCAGGAGAAGCCCUAUGGCCCCUCUGUCGACUGGUGGGCUCUCGGCGUCCUCAUCUACGAAAUGCUCGCGGGACAGCCGCCGUUUGACGGCGCCACAGAGGAGGACCUGUUCAUGUCGAUUCAGUUCAACGAAGUGCUGUUCCCCGUCUGGCUGACCAAGGAGGCCGUCCAGCUCAUCCGUGGCCUGCUUGAGAAGGAUCGUGACUGCCGGCUUGGCUGCGGCCCCAAGGGAGAGAAGGACAUCAAGGCCCAUCCGUUCUUCCACCCCAUCGACUGGGACAAGCUUGAGCGCCGCGAAAUGGAGCCUCCAUUCAAACCAAAGCUGAAGAGCCAGCUUGCGACGGACAACUUUGAUGCGGAGUUCUUGAGCGAGAAGCCGGGCAUCACGCCCGCAGAUCCAAACCGCAUCGCCUUGCUUGACCAGGCCGAGUUUGAAGGAUUCACAUACGUCGCCCCAACGUACAAAUAAGGCCCACGCUUCUCGUCCACACACGUACCCAUCCACGCCCAAUGCUUUCUGCCACCUCUUCACAUUCACCACUACGCCACCACCACGCCUUGCCUGAGAAUGUGCUCCCUUCGCUCCUGGUGCUCCGAUGAGCCGACAUGACGGUGAUUGCUGUUGUGUAACAUGUGGUGCUCUGCCUGAUGCUUCCUUCUCCCACAAACGCAUGCACGCAUGUUUGGUCUGUGGCUUUCGUGUUUUCCCCUCGCAUCAUUCAUUAAACCGUCAUCGCCACCGCUG